UAUGGCGAUUACUGGAGGGAAAUGCGACGUCUGUACGUUAUCGAACUCUUCAGCAUUAAAAGAGUCCAAUCCUUCCGGUUCGUCAGAGAAGAAGAGGUGGAAUUCCUAAUAAAAUCAAUUUCGGAAUUCUCCAAAUUAGGGACACCGGUCAACCUCAGUGAGAAGCUGAUGUCUCUUACUGCCGAUAUUACUUGUCGGGUUGCUUUUGGAAAGAGUUUUAGAGAAAGGGCAUACGAAGAUUUCGGCGCAGAUUUCGGCGCGGAUUUCGAAGAGGUGAUUCAUGAAGCUAUAGCCAUGUUGGGAAGCUUUGCGGCCGCCGAUUUCUUUCCUUACUUCGGUUGGAUUGUCGACAGAAUGACCGGUCUCCAUACAAGACUCGAACGGAGUUUUAAAAAACUGGAUGCUUUCUUUCAGAAAGUGCUAGACGAUCACCUCUGCUCCGGUCGCCAAAUUACAGAGGAAGAACAGGAAGAUAUCAUCGACGUUCUGAUAAAAAUAGGGAAAUAUGAGAAGGCAUCCGGUACUGAAAAAAUCACUCAUAAUCACAUCAAAGCUAUUCUUAUGGACCUAUUUCUCGCCGGAUCCGAUACCAGUGCCAUAAGCAUGGCUUGGGCCAUGGCGGAGCUGGCAAAGAACCCAAGAGUGAUGAAGAAAGCACAGGAAGAAAUAAGAAACAGCGUUGGGAAUAAAGGGAAAGUCUCAGAAACUGACAUCGAAAAACUUCCGUAUCUGAAGGCGGUGGUUAAGGAAAACUGGCGGCUGCAUCCUCCGGCGACAUUGCUGCUUGCAAGGGAAGCCAUUACCCGAUUCUACGUCUCGGGUUACAUCAUCGACUCAAAGACCCGAAUACAAGUUGCUGCAGUCCCUGAGGAUGUGGGAACUGCUGGUGCAAUUAGGGCCAUUGCACACCACCUGACUGCUGAAGACAUAUUGGUUGUAAGUGGUGAUCUUGUUUCUGAUGUUCCUCCUGGUGCAGUUGUGGCUUCUCAUAGACAUCAUGGUGCAGCCGUGACUGUAGUGCUUUGCUCUGCUCCUGUCAGUGGAGCUUUGGAGUCAGGAUCUGGUGGUGGAAAGGAUAAAAUCAAGAAACCUGGACGAUAUGACAUCACUGGCCGAGACACUACUAAACAAUUUUUGUUAUGCAUUGCAACAGGAGGUGAAAUUGAGAAGGAUACUCGAAUUCAGAAGACCAUUCCACUUGCACUUGGCCAGAUGGAAAUUAGAUCUGACCGUAUGGAUGCUCAUAUGUAUGCAUUCAAAAGAUCUGUUUUACAAGGAGUUCUUGAUCAAAAGUAUACAUUUCAAAGCUUAAAACAGGACGUACUUCCAUAUCUUGUUUGGAGCCAGCUGAGGCUUUACCAAAAAUAUACACCACUUAUGGAAGAAAAUGGAAACCAGAAGAUCAGUACCCUGAAUAACCAAGCAACCCUGCCUCAGAUACUUGCUAAUGCAUCUACCCCAAGCUUUUAUGAACUCUAUGAAUUGGGUUCUAAUGGUUCUGCUCCUAUUUGGGAAAAAAUUAAAUGCUGUGCUUAUAUUGCCAGCAAUAGCAAGUACUGUGCGCGAUUGAAUUCCAUUCAAGCAUUCAUGGAUAUCAAUCGAGAUAUCAUUAGUGAGGCAAAUCAUCUGUCAGGGCAUUCCUUCUCUGCCCAUAAUAAUAUCAUACAUCCUUCAGCAGAGCUUGGAUCAAAAACUACUGUGAGUCCACUUUAAUAGACAGGCGUAUCUAACUUCAUCAUUGGUUUAGAGCAUUGGAUGAUUAUUAUCUGUUACUUGUAUGUGUCAAAUUGUGAGGUUGUCUAGUUACUGAUUUUUUUUGAAGUUUUGAUUUGUUGAUUAAUUGACAUGUGCUUGAUUUAUAAUUGCUAGUUAUACCCAAUUCAGAAAAAGAAAAAGGAAAAAUUCACUGAGGUUUUUGACUUUUUUCGCUCAUUAAAAUGUGUAAGAUUCA